UGCGAUUAUAGGCAGUAUACGUAAUGCUUCAAAGCGUUAGGCCGAAUGUGACCAUCAUUGACAUUCUACGAUUUGCGUCAUCAGCUAAUGUUCCGUAGCCUAUGGACGCACACAACUCUUGCUAUAUCUAAAUCACUGAUACUCCCUGUUGCUCUGUACGACCACCAGAAGUGGCUGUUGAAAGAAACAUGCUAUCGGGCACUCGCGUUGAACAGAAGAUUUCUACAUUCAAUACUCGACAAUACAAUAAAAAUGGACAAUGACGCAGACGCCUUUAAUCACUGUGAUAGUUAAAGAUUGCUGGUUUGCCUAAACCACUCCAUGCGCAAUGAACAUCUAUUCGAGUCAAUCUGAUUUUUGGCUACGCCACUGCUUUUCCAAUUAUCGCGAAAGCGAUAAUGCGAAGUGACACUAACCAGAUAGUACUGAUUAUUUCAUAUAAGCACUCAUCAUCAUUGCAUAUCUACAAUAAUUAGCGGUGUCCCUUCGUUAUCUGAUAUAAUCAUCAUGUUUUACACAGCGAACAAACGAAAUCUUUUCGAGCUGAAAUAUUUAUUGGCAGUUCCGGAAACGAACUACGAAACCAUUCAAAACCGAAUUAUUUGCCAAUAAUUUACUCCGCCCUAUUUGACUAUAAUAUGAUCGAUUUAUUAAACACUUGUUCGUCACUGAUAGUUCCGAGUACAAUAUUUAUACGAUGAGUGUUGCAACUUUCAUAACCAUGACAGCAAGAGGAAUCGAAGGAUUAGAUUGCUUGUUUGAUAACACAACGUAAACAAACGUUGCACAAUUGCUGACCUACAAGUGACUUUCUCCGCAGAUACGAGGCAUCGAUACGUUACUCUCUCGUUCACAUUGCAGUAGCCACUCCAUCCAGGCUAGUCUUCGGCACUAGACUAACUAAUUAUCACUCCUAUACAGGUGCAGCUUCCCGUCAAGGCACGCAAAAUGAAUCCCGAAUCGGUAUCGCACUUGGAGCACAUGUGCUCGCUGGAUAUCGACUCCCCGACGGCAUUCGUUCGUCUGUCCGGUAUAAUCUGUACCAUCGGGCCGGCCUCGGUGGCACCGGAGACGCUGGAGAAGAUGAUGGCCACCGGAAUGAACAUUGCUCGGUUGAACUUUUCUCACGGAUCGCACGAGUAUCACGCCAACACGAUUAAGAACAUUCGCGAAGCUAACGAUAACUAUUCCAAGAAGUUGGGAAAGCCAUUCCCGUUGGCCAUUGCUUUGGAUACCAAAGGACCGGAAAUUCGUACCGGUUUGAUCGAGGGUAGCGGAACCGGCGAAGUGGAGCUGAAGAAGGGCGAUAAGAUUCAGCUCACUACCAACAAGGAACAUCUGGAGAAGGGUUCCAAGGAAAAGAUCUACGUUGACUACGUGAACAUUGUGAAGGUCGUGAAGCCCGGCGACCGAGUGUUUGUCGAUGAUGGUUUGAUUUCGCUGGUGGUUGACAGUAUUAGUGGAGAUACUUUAACCUGCUCGGUGGAAAAUGGUGGUUCACUUGGCUCUCGCAAGGGUGUCAACUUGCCCGGAGUCCCCGUUGAUCUGCCCGCCGUAUCCGAGAAGGAUAAGUCCGAUCUGCAGUUUGGUGUUGAGCAGGGCGUCGACAUCAUUUUCGCCUCGUUUAUUCGCAACGCUGCUGCGUUGAAGGAAAUUCGUGGCAUUUUGGGAGACCAGGGAAAAAAUAUCAAGAUCAUUUCGAAGAUCGAGAACCAACAAGGUAUGCAGAAUCUGGAUGCCAUCAUUGCUGCUUCCGAUGGUAUUAUGGUUGCUCGUGGUGAUCUGGGUAUCGAAAUCCCUGCCGAAAAGGUCUUCCUAGCGCAGAAGUCGAUGAUUGCACGGUGCAACCGUGCCGGUAAGCCAGUUAUCUGCGCAACCCAAAUGCUGGAGUCGAUGAUCAAAAAGCCACGCCCAACCCGUGCGGAAAUUUCAGAUGUGGCCAACGCCAUCAUUGAUGGAGCCGAUUGUGUCAUGCUGUCCGGUGAGACUGCCAAGGGCGAAUACCCGCUGGAGUGUGUACUGACAAUGGCUAAGACCUGCAAAGAGGCAGAAGCCGCCCUGUGGCAUCGCAAUCUGUUUAACGACCUGGUAAACACCACCCCGCAACCAAUUGACACGGGUAGCUCGAUUGCGAUUGCUGCAGCUGAAGCUGCCACCAAGAUCAAUGCUGCCGCCGUUAUUGUGAUUACCACCUCGGGCCGUUCGGCUCAUCUGCUUUCCAAGUAUCGACCACGUUGUCCGAUCAUUGCCGUGACUCGGUUCCCACAAACUGCCCGUCAAUGUCAUCUGUACCGAGGCAUACUGCCGGUGGUAUACGAGCAAGGUGCUUUAGAGGACUGGCUGAAAGAUGUCGAUGCUCGCGUACAGUACGGUAUGGAUUUCGGCAAGGAGCGUGGCUUCUUGAAGCCAGGCAAUCCAGUAGUCAUCGUGACCGGAUGGAAGCAGGGUUCCGGAUUUACCAACACCAUUCGCGUUGUGAACGUCGAAUAAAUCCAAUCCCGCUCACACUGGAGCUGUUUCUUCAUCUACACCAACUAGAUUGUUGCAUCUAUUUAAAAAUUACUCAGUCAUUACAGUGAAAAAUGCUAGUUUAACAGUACGUACAAAUGCACUCUUUCUGUAACCCAGCAUCAUGAUUUUCUAAAAAUCGGUACCCAAUGUUAUUUUUUUCGAAAAUCAGAAGAUUGAGCGUAUCUGUAAGCUAUCAAAAGCUCAUUAGGAAUAUUGGAACCCUCGAAGGAAAAAAAAUGUGUUGUCCUUUAGUUAUUAUCGAUGAAAAAAUGUGUUGUUCAUUAAUUUUGCUACGAGCAAAGUAAAAAAUGUAAUACAAUUGGUAACCUAAGGUCUAAUUUAUUUUAAAUUAUAGCUUAUGCAAAAACAUGAUACUAGCCCAAUAGACACCUUGGAUUUUACCUCAUUCACCUACGUCAACGAUGCAGUUAGUGGUUUGUGAUGCGAUUCGUACGAAUCAGUAAAACAAAACUGGACUAGAAAGUUUGAGACUAGUGUAUUCAAUAUGAUGUUAAUGAUAUAAAAAAAUAAAAUAUCAAGUAAUUGAA